AUGAAAUAUAUUUUAUUAUUUUCGUUAAUUAUUGGUGCGUUUGGUGCACCUCAGGUUAAACCUAACAUUCCUGGUGUAGCUUCUCCCUUGCCGCAUACAAAAGGCCAGGUACCUACGUAUGUCGAGACUCCACUGGAAAGUUGUCCUCCAGGGUAUUUAAUGGAAAAUGGAGUUUGUGUUCAGCGCAUCCAGGUUCCUCCAAUGCCCUUUUGUCAAGAACCAGCAAUUUAUCAUGAGGGGCACUGUUUAAUAGUGACAGCACCUCUAAAACAAUGUCCACCAGGAUACGAAAUAUCGGGAAAACAAUGUACUGCUACUAAAACCGCCUCUCAACAACCAUCUUGUCCUCCAGGUACUACAUUGCACGGAACAGAGUGUAUCUCGAAACACAUGAUAGAUACUGUAUGUCCCCCUGGUUUUGUAGAUAAUGGAAGAGAUUGUGUUGCAUUCACAAUGCCUGAAAAGGCUUGUCCACCAGGAUUCGUUUUUUCAGGAAAGCAAUGUGUUCAAUCUGACACAGCUCCUCCGAAUCCAGAAUGUCCUCCAGGUACUUUGCUGGAGAAUGGUACAUGUAAAUUAAUUCAACAGGUUGAUACCGUUUGUCCUUCUGGCUUUGUUGAAGAAGGAAAUAGGUGUGUUCAAUAUCUUCCUGCAAAUAAAAUCUGUCCUCCUGGAUUUAAUUUAUCAGGCCAACAGUGUAUGGCACCAGAAUCCACUGAAUUAGAAUCGACGUGUCCACCUAAUUCAGUAUUUGAAAAUGGCAAGUGUAAGGUGAUAAAGAAUAUUGAUAUGGUCUGCCCACCAGGUUAUACAGACUCAGGAGAUGACUGUGUACUUUACGUAGCUCCUGCAAAAGAAUGCCCACCAAAUUUUAUAUUACAAGGUCUUCAAUGUAUUCAAACUAGUUCUGCUCCAACCCAACCUGUAUGUCCCCCAGGUACAGUAUUACAAGAUAAUGCUUGUAUUUCAGUACAAGCUAUUGAUGCCAUUUGUCCACCAGAAUUUUUGGAUAACGGUAAAGACUGUGUGAAAUAUUCGCCAGUAACAAAAGAAUGCCCACCUGGAUUUACCUUGAGUGGAAAUAGAUGUAUUCAAAUUGUAAAUGCUCCUAUGGAAUUUGAAUGUCCACCAGGUACAAUUUUAAAAGAUGAUCAGUGUCAAUCAAUAGAAAGAGUUGAUACAAUUUGCCCACCAGGAUUCGUAGAUAAUGGCGAAGAUUGUGUUCAGUUUUCUGCACCAGAAAAAAUUUGUCCUCAAGGUUUCUCUCUUUCUGGAAAACAGUGUGUUAAGACAGAAUCUGCACCAAGAUUAACAGAAUGCCCACCAGGUACAACUUUGGAAGGUAACAAUUGUGUUUCAUAUGAACUAGAAGAUGCCGUUUGUCCCCCUGGAUAUCUUGACAACGGAUCAGAUUGUGUCCAAUUUUCUCAGCCAGAAAAAGAAUGUCCAGCAGGUUUUGUAUUAAUUGGAAAACAGUGUACUCAGACCACACAAGCUCCACCACAACCAGAGUGUCCCCCUGGUACAAACUUAGUAAAUGGACAAUGCCAGAAAGUCGAAAGAAUAAAUAUGGUUUGUCCAACUGGUUUCAUUGACAAUGGAGCAAAUUGUGCAUCUUUCUCUGCACCAAGCAGAGAAUGCCCAUCUGGAUACACAUUGUCUGGAUCACAAUGCGAACAAAUAAAAGAAGCACCACCUGUUUCAGAAUGUCCACCUGGAUAUACACUUCAAGGUAAUCAAUGUAAUGCAUUAAAAAUGGUCGAUGCUAUUUGUCCAGAUGGAUUUUUGCCAAAUGGAGAUGAUUGCAUUCAAUUUUCUCCUGCUUCAACUGUAUGCCCAACCGGAUUCACCUUACAAAACCAACAAUGUGUUCAAACAACUAAUUCACCAAAAACACCAGAAUGUCCACCUGGUUCUGCAUUGGAUGGGGACUCCUGCACAAGACUUGUACCUGGAGCUCUUCAAUACGUUUGUCCUGUUGGGACUAGGGAAGGCGAUGUUUGUGUUGAAAGAUCAAUAAGUUCACCUGUUUUGGAGUGCCCACCUGGCUAUUCAUUAGAAACAGGCAAACAAUGUGUUAGAAGAAGCCAGUAUGACUGUUCAAUAACAACUUACGUUACAGAGUGUAAAACUCCUGACGUUAAAGCCCUUAGAAGAUUAGCAGCUGCGAAAGAAACAUCAACAGUCUAUGAGACAUCCGAAAUUCAACAUUCAGGACACCAUCAUACUUCUCACUCUCAUGGACACUCACAUUCACAAGUUAUCCCAAUUCAAACUCAAAAUAUACACACACAACAUCAUAAAGAAGCACCAAGACCAAUCUGUGAGGAUGUUCCGAAAAUUACUCCUAAAACUUGCACCAAGGCAGAUUCUGUUCCGGCAGUACCUAUUUGUGAAAAUAACGCAGAGCUUGUAGGAAAAGAAUGUGUAUUAACAAACUACUAUCCAUUAGAAGCAAUUUGUCAAGAUGGAACAAGAUCAAAGGAAUGUGCUAAGUUUGUAAAAACUCCACCCACUUUAAAAUGCCCACCAGGUUCCGUUGAUGUAGGAUCUCAAUGCCAAAUUAACAAAUAUUCCCCAUAUGAUCUUGCAUGUCCUGCAGGAUAUGCAUUAGUUGGAGAUAAAUGUGCUAUUACUAGAGAAAGAGUUUGUCCAAACGAAAGUUGCCAAAGGGUUGUGACUGCACCUGUUUCAAUGACUUGCCCACCUGGAUAUCACCAAAUAGAUGAGGUUAUGAAUAUUUCCACUCAUUCCCACCACAGGCAUCUAGCUGGAGUUCAGUCCACUUCUCAAAAAGGAUAUUCUCAUGGGCAUCAUAAAUAUGUUCCCGUAGUUUCUCAACCACAACCAACUCCAGUCGCCGUCCCUAUUCAACAAAUGAAAUGUAUUCAUGCAGACCAUGCUCCAUAUAACCUUAUUUGUCCUAUAGGCUCUAGGCUCGUAGCAGAUAAGUGUGUUACAUACUCAGACAAAAUAUGCCCAAAUGGUAAUUGUGAACGCAUAUACAAUGAACCUGCUGAGUUGGUAUGCCCACCUGGAUUUUCCUCAUCUAAGCCAAUUCAACCCGUAAAUCAUUCUCAUGCCAACAAUCCAACUGUUCCUAUUUCUGUUCAAUCACAAACAAUUAAACAGCCACAAGUAAUUCAUCAAAUGGAAACAAUCCAACCACAAGUAGUUUAUCAGACAAAAGAAGUUCUCACAACUUACCCAACUCAAAUUUAUCAAUCGGGGUCACUUUAUCAAGGAUACAAUCAUCAUCAUCAUCAUCAUCAUCACCAUAGACAUCUGGCCGCCCCUGAGUGCAUAAAAACAGUUUCAGUACCUUAUAUUUUGAAAUGUGAAUCGCCAUUUAUUUUAGAUGGUGAUAAAUGUGUUGAAAAAACAGAAAAAAUUUGUCUACAAGGUGAUUGUAGAAAAAAAGUUGUUGUUCCACCAACUCUUUCUUGCCCUCAAGGCUAUAGAAAUGCACAUGGAAUUCAAACAGCAAUUUCCAGCAAGCAUUCAACAGGAACUCAUCAUUAUUCAACACCUUCAGCAGAAUGUGUAAGAACUAUUUUCGAGGAGUAUAGUCUUGUUUGUUCGUCAGGGUUUGUGUUGUUAGGAGACAGAUGUGCAUUGUUUACAAAUAAAAUAUGUCCAAAUGGAGAUUGUGAACGAUUAAUAAGUAAACCUGCCAAUAUGGUAUGUCCACCUGGAUAUACUAGACCACAAUCAAAUCAUCAUCAUUCGGAUCAUGUAAGUCAUGGACAUGGAGGUCAAUUGUUACAAGAAUGUACGAAACAAAUAUAUACUCCUUAUGACCUUUCUUGCCCAGACAAUUAUUCAAUAAUUGGAGAUAAAUGCGCCAUUCAUACUGUUAAGGUUUGCCCAGAUGGGAACUGUGAGCAGCUCAUUCGUUCUCCACCAACUAUGGAGUGCCCACCUGGAUAUUAUAAACCUCAGGCUGGAGUUGCAAUUAGGGCCCAUGGGCAUAAAGCUAGUGGUGCAAGCCAAUGUAUGAGAAAUGUUUAUGAACCUUACGCAUUACAAUGCCCAGAUGGAUUUAGAUUAUUGGGAGAUAUGUGCCAACAAUCGACAACAAAGGUUUGUCCAAACAAUAAUUGUGAAAGAAUCAGUUAUGUACCACCAGUUCUUUCCUGCCCUCAAAACUUCGAAAGAAGUGGACAAAGAUGUAUUGCCAAUGAAUAUGCAGAUUACGAAUUGGCGUGCCCACCUGGAUUAAUAGUUAUCAGUGAUAAAUGCGCAAAAUAUACAGAUAAAGUUUGUCCAAAUGGUGAUUGUGAGAGAAUAAAAACAUUCCCUCCAGAGCUUGUUUGCCCACCAGGUUACACAAUGGAGGCUGGAGUUGCCCAGGGAACUAGAAGAUCACUAGGAGCAUCUUCAAAUCAUCCACAUCAUAGUUCUGGACAUCACCAUGCUUUAGGAAAUCACAAUCAUCACACGGUUAUACCAGAAAUAAGCGUUGUAAGAACAACUGUAUGUUCAAGAGAAGUUUUUGCUCCCUACUCAUUAAGCUGUGCUCCUGAUAGUCAACUAUUGGGAGAUAGAUGCGCAAGAUUUGCACCUAAAGUAUGUCCAUCAGGUGGGUGCGAGAAGAUAGAAUCUACACCAGUAGUUUCUAGUUGCCCAUCUGGGUACGUUACCGAUCAAGAUGGUACAUGCUAUAUAGUUGAGUAUGCUCCAUUCUCACUAACAUGUAAUGAUCCAUAUACUCUUUUCGACAACAAGGAAUGUGUUUUGGUAACAAAACCAGAUAGUAGGUGCCCCGACAAUACAGAGAAAACGAGUACGGGUUGUGUCAAGAAAGUUAUAACAACCCCAAUUGUGUCGUAUGAAACAACAUGUAUUGGGCCAACUUGUAACGCUGCCUAA